AUGAAAGCAGAACAAUCAAUUGAACUGGAGGAGGAGAUAUGGAGCCCUGCAUUCUCUCCUAUUAAAUCAAAAUGCGAAGAAAACUCGGAUGACUGUGAUUUCGUAUACAUCUCAGACAUCCUCCGAGCUUCCAAUUACUUGCCUGAAGACACUGACAUCUUCUUGUUACUCGAGAAACAGCAAUAUCUCAAGGGAAAGGACACCUCUAAAGUCUCGAGACUCCAAAGAAAGCUCAUAUUUGACACCAUCACCGAAAUUCUUGACCGAAACAGGCAAUUGCCUCCAUGGAAGGUCUUUUCCUUGUCAAAUGCAAAGCCAUCGUUGCAAAAACUUUGGUUUGAAUUUCAGAGAAUUCGAGAACGAGACACAUCUGAGGACUAUUUUGUGGUUAUUUGUGGAGUCUUAAAAAGGGAUCUCGCCGGAGACGCAAUCAACGGUUGGCAAGAUAGUCCGGUGGAGAUGUCCGAAGCAGUGUUGGACAUCGAACGGCUGAUAUUCAAGGAUUUGGUUGGGGAAACUAUCCGAGAUCUUGCUGCAUUUGCUGGCAAAAGCACAGUGUCGGCGCCUUGUAGGAACCCCCACCCACCCCAUCCCAACCCUAUGCCCAUUGACAAGAAAGUGGCAGGACGAAGGUCAUCUUUGGCUGGAACUGGGGGAAGAAAGUGGCAGACUGAAGGUCAUCUUUGGCUUGAAAUGGGGCUAACUACAGUUGUCUUCAAACUAGACCACAUAACUAGCCAUUUUGGUAACCACGUUGGUGCAGGACCUACACUAUCAACUUCAAGAUUGCCAAGUUUUAGGGCCACCAUGUGA